UCUUUCCCCCUUCAAUUCUGGGGAAUACCUUCACGCCUCUCUCUUGCUCAAACAGCAUACUUGGUGUGAAGGACCUAGCUGCUAAUAAUUCAUUACAUCACGCACAUAUAUAUAUAUAUAUAUAUAUAUAGAGAGAGAGAGAGAGAGAGAGAGAGAGAGAGUAGUGUGUGUAGUGUGUGUGAGGAAAUGGAGAGCUCAAGAAGGCAGGUGGAUUUGAAGGGAGAAAAGAGCGGUGCUGAAGAGACUACUACUACUACUACUACUACUGUUGAUUGGAGAGGAAAGCCUUCCGACCCUCUUAAGCAUGGUGGGAUGAAAGCUGCUGCCUUCGUUCUAGGACUUCAAGGAUUUGAGAUAAUGGCAAUAGCUGCAGUUGGGAACAACCUUAUAACCUAUGUCAUAAAUGAGAUGCACUUUUCCUUGUCAAAAGCCGCAAACACAGUCACAAACUUCAUAGGAACUGUCUUCCUCCUCGCUCUUCUUGGUGGCUACCUCUCUGAUUCUUAUCUUGGUUGCUUCUGGACUAUGCUCAUCUUUGCCUUUGUUGAACUCUCGGGUUUCAUCUUGCUGUCAGUGCAAGCCCACCUUCCCCAACUGAAACCCCCACAAUGCAAUAUGCUGACUGAUAGUGAGAACUGUAUGGAGGCCAAAGGGUUCAAGGCCUUAAUAUUCUUUAUAGCUCUAUACUUGGUGGCAUUGGGGAGUGGCUGUGUGAAGCCUAACAUGAUAGCCCAUGGAGCAGACCAGUUCAACCAAGAUGAUCAAAAGCAGUCCAAGAAACUCUCCAGAUACUUCAAUGCUGCUUAUUUUGCCUUCUCAAUGGGUGAACUCAUAGCCUUAACUGUCCUAGUUUAUGUCCAAACACACUCCGGCAUGGACGUUGGCUUCGGUGUCUCCGCUGCCGCCAUGGCCAUGGGCCUCAUCAGCUUAAUUUCCGGCACAGUUUUCUACAGGAAUAAGCCUCCUCAAGGCAGCAUCUUGACCCCUAUUGCACAAGUAUUUGUGGCUGCAACUUUAAAGAGAAAGCAGGUUUGCCCAUCUGAUCCUCGGAUGCUUCAUGCCAUCCACUCCAAAGAGCCUAAUACUGACAACCCAAUUUCUGACACUUCACCCAAUCCUCAACUCACUCCAAGAUUUAGAUUCUUGAACAAGGCCUGCAUCAAGACUAUUCAAGAUGGGAAUAGCAAGGAGAGUUCAUGGAGUCUUUGCACUGUGAACCAAGUGGAACAAGUGAAAAUUUUGAUGUCAGUUGUGCCCAUAUUCGCAUGCACAAUUGUUUUCAAUACAAUUCUUGCACAGCUUCAGACAUUCUCAGUCCAACAAGGGAGUUCCAUGAACACUCAACUAACUCACUCCUUCCACAUUCCUCCAGCUUCUCUCCAGGCCAUUCCUUACAUCAUGCUGACCUUCAUAGUCCCUCUCUACGACGCAUUCUUCGUCCCCUUUGCUCGUAGGAUCACCGGCCACGACUCCGGGAUCACCCCUCUACAGCGCAUAGGGGCCGGCCUAUUCCUUGCCACGUUUUCGAUGAUCUCAGCCGCCAUGAUGGAGCACAAAAGACGGGAGUCGGCCGUGAAGUCGCAUGAGAUACUGUCAAUAUUCUGGAUCACACCGCAGUUUCUGAUAUUCGGGAUAUCAGAGAUGUUGACUGCAGUUGGCCUAAUUGAGUUCUUCUACAAGCAGUCUUUGAAAGGGAUGCAAUCGUUUCUAACAGCUAUAACUUAUUGCUCGUAUUCGUUCGGCUUCUUCCUGAGCUCUUUGCUCGUGUCGAUUGUGAAUAAGGUGACUUCGGGCUCAUCUGGUGAUGGAUGGCUGAGUGACAAUGAUCUCAACAAAGACAGAUUGGAUCUUUUCUAUUGGUUCUUGGCAGUUCUGAGCUUCCUCAACUUUUUCAAUUACCUCUUUUGGGCUAGAUGGUAUUCGAACAAUCGAUCCUCGUCAACAUUGCAAGAUUCUAACAUUACCAUUAAAGUUGCAGGAGAUGACAUUAAUGUAUAUCCAUCAAAUGAUGUUGUAUGAUUGCGGUGGAACUUUGUGUUGUUCACUGCUGCCUUAAUUAUUGAACUUGUUGUACUAAGAGUAGAGAAAGGAGAAAAGAAAGGCUAGUGCCAUAGCUGAGAUAAUUAAUGGCAUUAGUUGCAUAAAUGUAUAGAAGAUGGAAUCAAUAAUUGCUCCUUAGGCAGAUGAUCUUGAUGGAUAUUCUCCUAUCUCUGGACAAUGUCUUUGGAAUCAUAGGUUGCUUAUAAGAGUGCGGAGAAAAUCGAACCCACAACCAUAAGAAUGAAACAGGCCAAGCCUGUCUUUAUCUGUAUUUUGUAAUGUCACAAGAAAAGUAUGUUUUUAGAGG